UGACGCGGGAAGGCGGAAGCGGCGGCGGCAUGGGGCGGUGCGGGGCCGCCCUGCGGCUCGCCCUGGAGGGGAACAUCGCCGUGGGCAAAUCCACCUUCCUGAGGCUGCUGGCCGCCGCCUUCCCGCGGUGGCACCUGGUGACAGAGCCGGUGGCGCGGUGGCGCCGGGUGCCGGGGGCCGCUGGCACUGCCCAGGCGCCGGCGGGCAGUGCCAACCUGCUGCAGCUGCUGUACGUCCACGAGCCGCUGUUCAGUGACAGGUACGUCUUUGCCAAGACCCUGCUGGAGGCCGGGCACCUGCAGCCCCUGGAGUGGGCGAUCUACCAGGAGUGGCACGAGCUGCUGCUGCGGCACCUGGCACCCCACGCUGCCCCCCACGGCUUCCUGUACCUGCGCGCCAGCCCCCAGACGUGCCUGCAGCGGCUGCGGCGGCGGGCGAGGAGCGAGGAGGGCGGGAUCCAGCUGGGCUACCUGCAGCAGCUGCACGGCCAGCACGAGCUCUGGCUGGUGGCCAGGGCCACCGAGAUCCACUGCGAGGCGGCGCGGCGCGCGCCCGUCCUGGUGCUGGACGCGGAGCAGGACUUCGAGCACGACGUGGCCAGGCAGGGCCAGCUCAUGGCACAGGUGGGUGCCACGGGGGGGUGGCACUGCCUGGUGCCAUCCUGCUGCCACCAGAGCCAGGGUGGGGUGGCACAGGUGCGGUGGCACAGCCUGGUGCCAGCAGAGCCAGGGUGGGGUGGCUCCGAGGGGGUUAAACCUCAGCUGUGCCAGGGAUGUGCUGGUGCCACCCUUGCACGGUCCUGGUGCCACCCCAGUCCCUUCCUACACCGUCCCAGUGCCAAGGCCAUCCCAGUUCCACCCCAGUGCCAUCCCAGUGCCAUCCCAGUGCCAUCCCAGUCCAUUCCUCCACCGUCCCAGUGCCAGUGCCAUCCCAGUGCUACCCUACUCCACCCCAGUGCCAUCCCAGUCCAUCCCAGUGCCAUCCUGGUGCCACCCCUGCUUGUUCCUCAGCCGCGCUGUCCCCGCGCUGGGGGACGCGCUGACCCCGCCAUGUCGCCGUCGCCGCCCUGGGGGCUCCGCCAGCCCGGCCCGGCCGCCCCCCCGGCCGGGGGAAGCCCCGAAAUCUGA